AUGUUUCUUCUGGUGGUGACCUCCACCUACCUCUUUAUCUCAGCGGCCUCGACGUAUGCUAGCUGGCAAAGCGGUGUUUUCCCCGCCGAUGUAGGAAUGAAGAGACAAAUCGAGGCACAAACUAGUUUCCUUCAAGCUUCUGCUCUUCAAGAUAUCUUGCGGAGAGGGACACCGCUCCUAGGAACAAAUGAGGGCUGCCCACACAGUUCCCCAACCUGCGAUUGGAUGUCACGUUUCCCAGAUGAUACCCAACUCGUCCAUAUGAACUUUCCAGGAGUACACGACGCGGCUACAGGGAGUUACACCGAUGAGAUUCGAGAGGAUCUUCUGCGUUACACGGGGCCCAUCCCGCCUGCCAACGUGUACCGAUGCCAGGAGCGCUCGCUCUUCCAGAUGCUCAACGACGGAAUCCGGAUGUUCGACAUGCGCAUCGCCUACAACCCCGGUAACGACACGAUCGGCUUCUGGCAUUCCAGAGCCCUUCUCGCUCCUACAACAACACUUAACGACGUCCUCUACGGGUUCUACAGCUGGUUAGACCAACAUCCUACCGAAACCGUCCUCAUGUCAUUCAAGCACGAAGGAGGAACGGGGACACCAAAGGACGAGAAGCUUCAACGAAAGUUCUUGGACGCAUUCUCCAGAGCUACGGAUCAAGAUCCCGGCCCGUUGAAGAGAAGGUACUGGGUCCAGUCCCGAGGAGAACUGGGAACACUGGGGGAGGCGCGCGGCAAACUCAUCCUCCUCCAACGAUUCGACUACGACCUCUUGAACCCAACCCCACCCGACAAUCAGCUCAUUGGGAUCGACUUGGGACCAACGAAGUGGACGGACAACGGAAGGGACAUCGAAUUGGUCUAUAACGCUGAGACAGGCGCCACUGCUUUUAUCCAGGACUACUACUCAGUUACUCCCUUCCCCGCCUCACCUGACCCAGCUUCCAAGCUCGAUUCCUAUGUCAGCAGCAAAUUCGAGACAACAAUUGCUCACCUCGAACGAGCCGCAAACGAGCACUCAGACCAGUUGUUCAUCAACUUUGCGAGCGCCGCAUACCUGUCAGAUAGCGAUGGACCUAUCAUCCACCCGGUGGAAUACGCCUUGGGAAACUCGACCCUCGGCGUUUCAGGGAUGAAUCAGCGACUGCUGCCAUGGCUCCAAGAGCGCAGAGGCCGCCGGUUUGGAGUAAUCCUUUAUGAUUUCUAUGACGCAGUCCCAGGGUUGAUUGAAGCAACGAUAGGACUGGGAGCAUAG